AUGCCGCCGAAGGCAAAGCCGAAUGUCAGUUGUGGUGUGUGCCAGAAUCCGGACAACAACCGGAUGGUUUGCUGCGACGAUUUUGAAUUAUGGUUUCAUUUCGAGUGUGUGGGCGUGAAUGAGGAUAUCGAGGAGGAGGAUUGGAGCUGUGCGGUGUGCGUGGCUAAACGAGCAGCUCAGAACCCAUCGGUCAUCAUCUCAGAUUCUGCACGGAAUGAAACGGAUCCAAAGUCGACAGGUGAACAGGAGCAAACUAAACAACUUGGCGAAUUCCAGAAAAAGUUAGAUUAUAUGCAGGCACAAUUCGAGGAACAGCAGCGGGUGUAUCAGAAGCUACUAGAAGAAAAGGAUCGUGAACUGCAGUCCGUGGUUACAGAGCUCAGUACCAAGUUCCAGCGCCGUAUGGAAGCCAGAGAGCAGGAAAUACGAGACGAGUUCAGUAUUCGCGCCGCUCUACCGGUAGCAAAUUCGACGAUGGUAGGAGGAAUAAGUAACCGCUCAUCGAAUGAGGUUCAAAGAGUGAUGGCGAAUAUGGAAAAGCAACUUGCGGAAAUGUCGAAGAAACAGGAUCAGCAGACGAGGACGUUAGAGGAGCGAAUCCGGGCGAUGGAAAUCAACAGAAGUGAACCAAAUCUACCCGUUUUCGAACCCAAUGAACUAAGCCGGAAUCAGCUGGCUGCGCGACACGCAGUGACAAAGGAGCUGCCUACAUUCUCGGGCAAUCCGGAAGAGUGGCCGCUCUUUAUUUCGACGUACGAGAGCACCACUAGGAUGUGUGGUUUCAGUGAUGAGGAAAAUUUACUUCGCCUUCAGCGCAGCUUGAAGGGGAGAGCUCUCGAGACCGUCCGAAGCAGGUUGCUGUAUCCAGCGGGACUUGAAGGCGUUAUCAAAACGUUGCGAACGUUGUACGGUCGGCCAGAAGUUAUCGUCCACUCGCUAGUUUGCAAGAUUCGGGAAAUGCCAGCGCCGAAGACAGAGAAGUUAGGAACUCUGAUCGAUUUUGGUGUCGCAGUCCAGAACAUGUGUGCAACGAUCGUAGCCUGUGGAUUGAACGAGCAUCUUUACAACGUGGCACUUCUUCAAGAACUCGUCGAGAGACUGCCACCUAUUGUAAAGCUGGACUGGGCCAAACAUCGUCAAACAUUGAGGGCGGUCACUUUGGAGGACUUCAGCAAAUGGCUUGAAACGCUCGUGGAAGCAGCUUGUAUAGUAACGAUUCCGUCAACGGUCAGCGUGUAUGCCGGCAAAUCUGAGAGACGCGUACGGAAGGAGGAAGUUCACGUUCACCUCCAAUCCGGUUCCAGUCAGGUAGCGACAGAGUCGUCGACCUCUACAGUGUUUCCCAUAAAUGGGUCGAAGUCAGCAGCGAUGAAGCAAUGUGUGGUGUGCCAAGGAGGGUGUAGCAGUGUGGGAUUCUGUAGUAAAUUCCAAAGAUUGGAUGUCGGGGCAAGAUGGACAGCGCUAAAGCAGAACAAGUUGUGUCGAAAGUGCCUGGCGAAGCAUUUCGGAGCGUGUGCGGUUAAGCAAGCUUGCGGGAGAAACGGCUGCCCGUAUAUGCAUCACGAGCUACUACAUGACGAUACCCGAUACCGGCGAGCGGAGAGUUCUUCAAUCUCAGAUAUCCAGAACGCUGCAGAAACACCUGCCGAACAGUGCAACACUCACGUCAGCUACGCCAGCAAAGUUCUUUUCCGAUACGUUCCAGUUAUCCUUAAUGGACGAGGCAAGUUCGUUCGCACUUUCGCAUUCUUGGACGAAGGCUCGUCGGCGACGUUGAUGGAACACAGUUUGUUGGACGAAUUAAGUCUUGAAGGCGAGUCAUUCCCCUUAUGUCUCGGCUGGACGGGAGCUCAUCAACGUCAGGAGAUGAAAUCCAUAAUGCUAGCGCUGGAGAUUUCUGGAACGCGCGAUAAGGAGAUGUACCGGAUGUCGAAAGUUCACACAGUGGAGAGCCUUUCUCUACCACGGCAGACAUUGAGGAUGGAGGAGCUAGCAUCAGCCUAUCGGCACUUGGAAGGCGUGCCAGCGGAUUCCUAUCGAAAUGUUCAGCCACGAAUACUCAUCGGCAUGGACAACUGCCGCUUGGGUCACGCGUUGGAUAGCAGAGAAGGAGGAAAGAAAGAACCGAUCGCCACCAGAACUCGUCUAGGGUGGAUAGUGUUCGGACCAUGCUCAAAGACAUCUCAUCCAACGACGAACUUCACUGCGCACCACAGCCUUCACGUGUGCCCAUGCUGCGAGCGAAGCGACAUAGAUCUUCAUAAUAUAGUGAAGGCGUAUAAGUCUUUGGACAGCACCGGGGUAACGAGUCCCGUCAAAACGUUGUUAUCGAAAGACGACGAGCGAGCGGAACAGUUACUGAAAUCAUUGACGCAUGUGAAAGGAAAACGGAUAGAAACCGGUCUGCUCUGGCGAUGUGACGAUGUUCGACUGCCUGACAGCAAACCAAUGGCAAUGAAUCGACUAAUCUGCUUGGAGAAGCGUAUGCAGCGAGAUCCUGUGUUGGCUGAGGCGGUGAAGGAGAAGAUUCGGGACUACGAACGAGCCGGCUACAUCGAAAAACUGACGGCAAGCCAACUAGCCGAGAAAUCCGAACGGAUGCGCUUAGUGUGGGACGCAGCCGCUAAAGUCUUGGGAGUCAGCCUGAAUUCAUUUCUACUGACAGGGCCGGAUCAAGUAACCUCCUUGGUAUCUGUGCUACAGCGCUUCCGAGAGUUUCGCGUUGCCAUCACGGGCGAUAUUCGAGAAAUGUUUCUCCAGAUCUUGAUGAACCGGCGCGAUCAACAGUGUUUAAGGUUCCUAUGGCGAAACGGUGAACAAAACCGCAACCCAGACGUUUACGUUACGAGAGUAAUGACAUUCGGAGCGACAUGCUCGCCCAGCAGCGCGCAGUAUGUUAAGAACUACAAUGCGCAGCGGUUCCAAGAUCAAUUCCCGAGGGCAGCAGAGGUGAUAAUGAAGGAGCAUUAUGUCGACGACAUGCUCUCAAGCGUAGAGACGGAAGAGGAAGCGAUACAGUUGGCGAAAGAUGUGCGACACGUUCAUUCGGAAGCAGGUUUCGAGAUCCGGAACUGGCUGUCGAAUUCGAGUCGAGUGCUGCUGGAGUUGAAGGCGAGUCCCGGUGAGAAAAGUUUGAACCUUUCGAGCGAGAUGGCGACGGAGAAAGUUCUCGGCUUAUGGUGGUGUACAGCGACCGAUACGUUCACCUCCAAGUUAUCGCCGAGGAUCAACGGUGAACUGCUGCGAGGUGACAUCGUCCCAACGAAAAGGCAGAUCCUCAGCACGCUUAUGACGAUCUACGAUCCCCUGGGAUUAAUGGCGCAUUUCCUAAUGUUCCUGAAGAUACUGCUGCAGGAAAUUUGGCGGAGUGGUGUAGGCUGGGACGAGUCUGUCAAGAGCGAACAGCUAGUGAAAUGGCAGACAUGGUUACGGACGAGCACGGGAGAGCGGAAUACGAUUCAGCUGCACGUGUUCGUGGAUGCGUCGGAGAACGGCUUCGCUGCAGUCGCCUAUGUGCGGUUCGAAGAAAAUGGAAAAGUGGAAUGCGCACUCGUCCGUGCAAAGACAAGAGUAGCCCCGUUGCGUUUUGUGUCGAUUCCCAGACUAGAACUACAAGCCGCAGUCAUUGGAGCCCGCCUAGCGAACGACGUUACGGAGACUCACAAGAUGAGGCCCACGCAAAGGGUUUUCUGGACGGAUUCACGCAACGUUCUCUGUUGGUUGAACUCCGAUCACCGAAAGUACCAUCAGUUCGUAGCGGUGCGGAUCAGCGAGAUGCUAGAGUUGACGGAGACGACGGAGUGGAACUGGGUUCCGACGAAGCUGAACGUCGCUGACGACGCCACGAAAUGGCAGACGCUGCCGGAUCUAUCUCCUACCAGCCGCUGGUUCCGUGGCCUUGAGUUCCUGUGGGGACCGAAAGAAGGAUGGCCUGUCGUUGUGUCUAAGUUCGAACACACUGCAGAGGAGGAACGGUCACAUGUACUGCAUCACUUCGUCGAACGCGCUCUAUUCCGCUGGGAAAACUUCUCCAGAUGGCAGCGACUCCUGCGGCUAGCAGCCUUUGUCCAUCGAUUUCCGUCGAAUGUACGCCGGAAGCGGUCGAAAAAUCCCCUCGUCACCGGACCCCUAACGCAAGAAGAACUAAAAAACGCGGAGUUAUUCAUCCUAAAGUCGGUGCAAGAUGCUGAGUUCGCCGAAGAGAAAGCUUUGUUGCAGAAGCCGAUGCCGGUACCGUGGAGGAACGCUUUACCGAAGCGUAGUCCGCUGUACAAGCUCAGUCCGUUCUUAACGGAAGAUGGACUGCUACGAAUGCAAGGUCGCAUAGAUGAAUGCGCUCAUGUCGAGGAAUGUACGAAGCAUCCGAUACUACUUCCCAAGCGACAUUCAGUCACGGAUCUUAUCAUAGCAAGUGUCCACGAAAAGUUCUGCCACAUGAAUCACCAGACGAAGCUUAACGAAAUCCGGCGUCGAUUUCACGUUCCAGGACUGAGAUCGGUCUACCGGCGUGUCCAAGGCCUUUGCCAGCUCUGCAAGAUUCGCCGAGCGAAGCCAGAGCCCCCGAAGAUGUCUGGUCUAUCGUUCGGACGUUUACAACCCUUCUGUCGUCCUUUCUCCUAUGUCGGCAUCGAUUAUUUCGGACCAAUGCACGUGGUUGUCGGCAGAAAGAUCGAGAAACGAUGGGGUGUACUAAUAGCAUGUCUCACUGUCCGAGCGGUACACCUCGAAGUCGCUCACAGUCUUAACACGGACUCGUGCAUCCUGGCCAUUCGAAAUUUCAUCGCCAGAAGAGGUACCCCAGUUCAGAUAGUUAGCGAUCGUGGGACCAACUUCAUAGGAGCAAGUCGCGAGCUAAAAGAAGCCCUGCAGAAGGUGAACCAAGACAAGCUGAUGAAACACUUUGUCACCGCUGAUACGAAAUGGACGUUUAACCCGCCCGCGUCGCCACACUUCGGCGGGGCCUGGGAACGUCUCGUUCAAUCCGUGAAGAAAGCCCUGAAGCACCUCCAACUCACUCGCACACCCACUGACGAAAUCCUUAGAAACACCCUGACAGAAGUCGAACUCAUUGUUAACUCUCGGCCUCUGACUGAAUUACCGCUAGACGAUGAGCUUUUCCACGCGCUCGCCCCAAAUCACUUCCUGAUGGGGUCGUCAAACGGUUCUAAGCCCCCGAUCGCGUACGACGAUAGUAACUACGUACUGAAGCACACCUGGAAGACAUCGCAGGUCUACGCCAAUCGAUUUUGGCGACGCUGGGUAGCCGAGUACCUGCCUACGCUCACCCGGAGGACGAAAUGGUUCAGCCGAGCCAAACCGAUUGCUGAAGGAGACAUCGUUGUCAUCGUAGACGAGACGUUGCCAAGGAACUGCUGGCCGAAAGGUCGGAUAGUCCACGCGAUCAGAUCCAAGGACGGGCAAGUCCGUCGUGCACUGGUGCAGACGGCGACCGGAAUUCUGGAGAGGCCAGCCGUGAAGAUUGCGGUGUUGGAUGUUGGCGCAAGCUCGACCACCGUUCCGACGCGCUGCUUGGCAACGGGUAAGGUACGGGAGGAGAUCCAAUGCCGUGCCCUGUUCGUUAAUCGGUCAACUACCCGGUGCUCGUUGAAGCACUUCAUUGCUCAGGCCCUAUCGGUUGGAUCGGAAAACGAUUCCAAGGGAUCACUGCCACCCAGCGCAGCAGCGGUGGUGGUAUUUUUAGGGCAGCAGCAGCAGCUAACCGGCUAG